AAAAAAAAAAAAAAAAAAAAAAAAAAAAAAAGAGCUUCGAGUAGCGAAUUCGCCCAACUCUGAUCCGAUUCAACCGUCAUCGUCGGAUCUUACUUCAACAACCGUCUAUUACCGUUUUUUGCCACCGUCGGCGCCGGUAAAUCUAAUUCCGCCAGUCUCUUCUCUUCUUCAAGAAAUCUUUAUGCUGAUGAAAUUGUGAACUGAACUGAUGAUGUGUGCUUAAACUUUCAAGUAAAAGGGCAUGAAUUUGAUGUUCGUAUAUUCUUGAAGGUUGAGCUAGCUUAAACAGGAUAAGAAUGUUUUCGUUAUUUUAUGGACUUUGGCAGUACAUGUUCAGCAAAUUAGAGCUUCAUGUACUCAUUUUGGGGAUUGACAAGGCUGGCAAAACGACUUUGCUGGAGAAGAUUAAGUCAGUGUACACGAACAUAGAAGGCCUUCCCCCUGAUCGAAUUGUUCCAACUGUAGGAUUGAAUAUUGGUCGAAUUGAAGUUGCAAAUAGAAAACUUGUGUUCUGGGACUUGGGAGGUCAGCCUGGUCUUCGUUCAAUCUGGGAGAAAUAUUAUGAAGAGGCACAUGCUGUAGUAUUUGUUGUAGAUGCAUCUAGCCCCUCACGAUUUGAAGAUGCAAAGUCCGCCCUUGAAAAGGUGCUUCGACAUGAGGAUCUCAAAGGAGCCCCUCUUUUGAUAUUAGCAAACAAGCAAGAUCUUCCUGAAGCAGUAUCAGCUGAUGAACUUGCUCAGUAUCUAGAUUUAAAGAAACUAGAUGAAAGAGUUUACAUGUUCGAAUCUGUGUCAGCAUAUGAUGGGCUGGGGAUUAGAGAAAGUGCAGAGUGGCUGGUGGAAGUGAUGGAGAGAAGCAAGAGGACUGAAAUGUUGAGAUUGCGGGCAGGUGCAAUGGGUCCAGGUUCUACCUAGAUGUCCUGACAUUAAACUAAAAUGACUACUCGAUUCAUUCAUAGCUUUGUAAGUCCAAAUUGGAAAAUACAUGAUUAGAAGUCAUUAAGAAGAAAAAGGAAACGAACAACUUGGUGCUACAUUAAACUGAGCCUUGAAGUUAUGUCACGUUUUAAUUUGUAAUACAGCUGUUUCAUAUGAGGCUCAGUCUCCAGUUCCUCAGAGCAAGUUUUCUUCAGACAUGCCUUAUAUAAUCAAUCUGUCAAGUGCUUGGGCUGGAGGAUUUUAUGCUUCAGCCUCCUUGCAUCCUUUUGUCAACUCCUGAUUUAAAUUUCCUAUUUGAAUAAAUUUCAUUUACUUUCCUACCUGUAGCAUUAUAUGGACACUGCACUGCACUACAGAUCCAGGCAGUGAUAUGGUAUUGUGUUAAAUACAAGUUCCGAAGAUAUAUGUAUGCCGUUUGCAGGUAAUCUUAGGGCAUAUCUGAGGACAUACGUUUGAUUAUUAUUAUCAUAAAAAGAUUGAUUUCCAUG